AAACAAUGGGGUUAACUUUUACACUAACCCGUUGCUAGUCCCUUAACUUGCAGGCAAAAAACCCCUCAAGCUUGUAGCCUUGUUCAGCGAUCAAAGCAACGCAAUUUUUCCAAACCCAGAAAGCUUGGCACUCUUAAGUGACAGCUCGUAGAAGAGAGAUUAGCCAGCAAAAGCGACCAACCAAAUGGCAGAGUCAUCCACCGUCAAGGGCGGAAGUACGGUGGAGGAAUGCCAAGACAUGAUCCGAAGAAGUCUUAGAACUCCGAUGGUGAAGUUCCUAAAGGAGCAUUUGGAGAAAUCUGGUUGUCGAAUUGGUGAUAAUUUCAUAAAAGCUAUCCAUUGUGACAAGAAGGUCAGCGGCGGCUAUGUUCGCGGACAUGGGAUAAUUGUGUGCAGUAAUUAUAUGAACAUUCAAGAUGAGGUGAAUCAAGUUGUCAUACAUGAGUUAAUUCAUGCAUAUGAUGACUGCCGUGCUGCAAAUUUGGACUGGGCUAAUUGUGCUCAUCAUGCUUGUAGUGAAAUUAGAGCUGGCCAUCUUAGUGGUGAUUGCCAUUACAAACGGGAAUUACUGAGAGGUUAUCUUAAGAUACGAGGCCAUGAGCAAGAAUGUGUGAGGCGAAGAGUUAUGAAAUCAAUGGCGGGUAACCCAUAUUGUUCAGAGUCGGCCAGUAAAGAUGCCAUGGAAGCUGUCUGGGAUGUUUGUUACAAUGAUACUAAGCCCUUUGACAGAGCCCCUUGAAACAUAAUGAUAACCGGGAGACCCGGAUAUGGUGAUAACUGGAUUAUCACCUGAAGAUUUUGCUGUGUUAUUUUAAUUUCGGUUGAUACCAUAAACGGAGGUGCAUAUUUAUCAGACAUCAUAGCAUUUUUUGAGGCUUAUUGACUGCCUCGUGAUGUAACGGCCAUAAAAGCACUUAGUCUUCGCCAAUUUUGAUGUAUCAAGUAAAAUAUUCUUAAUACUGUAUCAGAUUUUGUAAAAUUUACAGGGUUUUUCUCCUAUUCUAGGAAUUUUUCAUAAUAAGUGAUUUUUUAUU